UUUGAAAAAAGAGUAAUAAAUAUUGAAUUGAAGUUUGACAGGUCUUCAAUGACAGCAGUGAGGUAAUGAUGUCAUAAGUUAAUAAGAAGUGAGGUCGAUCCGUGUGGUUCCGUUGAAAUGAUACAAGCAGGCGGGCAUGGAAAUCCAAACCCAAAUACAUCGUGGUUACAAAGUCGUGGAAUGUGGGUGGCAUAUUCUGGUGGCAUGCUACUUUUACAUCUAAUUUUAUUAUGUGUUCCUAUAUUUAGCAUUCCAGUUGCAUGGACAAUAACGCAUCAAAUUCAUUGUGCUGUUCAUUUGUAUUUUCUGCAUUCCUUAAAAGGUGCACCUUGGAUAUCGGCUGAUCAAGGUGCUUGUCAGAAGGAAACACAUUGGGAGCAAAUUGAUAAUGGAAUGCAAUAUACUACUACCAGAAAAUUCCUUGUAGCUGUGCCCGUUAUUAUAUUUUUACUUACAUGUUUUUAUACUCAAAAUGAUUCUAAACAUUUUUGGUUGAAUCUUUUCUCGUUACUUACGGUAAUUGUACCUAAAUUACCACAAUUCCAUGGAGUCCGAUUAUUUGGUAUCAAUAAAUACUAAUAAAAUAUGAAUUAUUUUUGUGAUAAGGCUU